UGGGUUAUUCCCUUUGCCUUACAGUGUUUUCCAGGAAUGCAUUCUGAGUUCAACAGACAAGCACCUUGAGUUGGUCCCAUAGGAACCUGCCAGGCAUGUUAAAACAGACGAACACCAUACUGCCAACCUCAGCGACCGAGUACCGGAGCCCCAUACUGGGGACACAGGCUGCUGACUUCAAGACCUCCACUGCGCUGGGAAGGAGAUGAGGGAAGGGUGGGGGGGAAACAGCACAGAGCUUUCUUUCCUGCCAUUUCAAGUUUCCUUUUCAUUAUGAUUCAGUGUUCACUUGGUGGGCACAAACCUUGGCCUGUCUUCCAGAGUUCGGAUGAACUUGAUUCUGACUGUGUUUGCUCGGUUUGUCGAAGUUUCUGUUUCUUGUUUGCUUCAGUUGAAAACACUACCCCCUGUCCAAGGAGUCAACAAAUAUUUACUGAGUGUCUGACACUGUGAAUAAAAUAGACUCCGUGUCUGCAUGGAGCGGCCAUUCCUGUGGAGGAGGACGGUCAUACGGUCAUCCCUGAGUUUGGAACUAACAUGAUUUCAGGAGGAGCUGGCGGUGAGCCGUGGGCCACGCUGGCCUCAGCCAGAUUUCCCGGCCAAACUGGGGAGGAGAGAUGCCCUGGACCAUCCUGCUCUUUGCAGCCGGCUCCUUGGCAAUCCCAGCGCCGUCCAUCCUGCUGGUGCCCCCGCACCCCAGCAGCCAGGAAGAUCCCAUCCACAUCGCCUGCAUGGCCCCUGAGGGCUUCCCGGGGGCAAAUUUCACGCUCUACCGUGGUGGGCAGGUGGUCCAGCUCCUGCAGGCACCCGUGGACCAGCUUGGGGUCACCUUCAACCUAAGCGGCGGUGGCAGGGAGGCUCCAGGGGGCCCAUUUUACUGCCAGUAUAGGGUGCUAAGUGAGGACCUGAAGCCGCAGCUGUCAGAUCCCAGUGAGGUGGUAAACGUCUCCUACCCAGUGCCCACUUGGAUACUGGCACUCUCCUUGAGCCUGGCUGGAGCCCUCCUUCUCCUUGCUGGGCUGGUGGCCAUUGCCGUGAUGGUCAGGAAAGUUAAAGUAAAAAAUUUGCAGAAGAAAAGACAGCGAGAAUCCUGCUGGGUUCAGGUCAACUUCGCCACCACAGAUAUGACCUUUGAUAACUCUCUGUUUGCCAUCUCCAUGAAAAUGAAUCCAGAAGAAGAUGCAACCACUCUAGAUGCGUGCUCAGGCUCCACCGAGACACCCGGCAGCUCUGGGCCCCGGAAAAGGCCCACCUCCACGUCAUCCUCGCCUGAGCCCCCCGAAUUCAGCACUUUCCGGGCCUGCCAGUGAGGCUGAGGACCGGGGGCCCCUCUGUGUCUGUGCAUUCUCCAUUCAGCCCCUUCUCUCGAGGGCCUGAAGUCCCUCCAGCUACUCUGAGAUUUCUGGCUGCUGUUUUCUCAGGGAAUUGACAGAGGAGGCAAAGGGAAUCCUUGGCUUUGGGACCCUCCUCACAGAGAAGCAGGAGGAGCAGAGGGGGCACAGACAUUGUCCUGGAGUCUGGACAGAAAGCAGGAAGACUCUUUUUGGGUUCCCAGCUUCUCAGGCCUCGUGGGAAGGAGAUGUUAGGAUCCCUGUGGCCCCCAGCUGGGCCAUAAGCGGUCUGGGCCCUCCACACACCCCUCCGAUUUCCUCCUCCCCUUGCCACAUCUGACUUGACCAACCCAACCAGGUUUUUGGGACAUAGGGUACCCGGGGUAUGUUCUGUUAGCCUGUCCUGCUGGGAUGCCUAAGUUAUUAAUUACAGCACGUGUUGGUUGAGCAGUU